AUGCCACCCGAUUCGAACUUUCGCCAAUGGACCCUGGACGCAUGGAUAUCUAGAAGAUCUCCCUCCAGGCCCGUUACUUCGACAUCUGGUCAGGCAUCUAGAGCAGAACAGAGGCCCCCAAGGCAGCUUCCGUCAAGUCAUUACUCCCCUUAUGCUACCGACAGACGAACAGAUCCCUACAGACGGGGUGCGGCGCUUGCAGCAGUAGCCCAGGAGACGCUGGCAGUCCUCCCCAACAUCUUAGCCCAGUUGCCUCAUAUCGAUGCCACAAGAUCUGAGCGCCAUUAUUAUACAAGUCUAGCCCCUCUCGAUGCAAUUUAUUGUCCCAGAAGAUCACCCGCAAGGAUCAGAGUUGUCAACGACGAUACUUUCAAUGCUGCCAUCGACCUCGCAGCUGCCAAAGGAUCCGGCACAGGUCGGGUCGCCGUGUUGAAUAUGGCCAGCCAUGUCAGUCCAGGUGGAGGGUGGCUGAAGGGAGCGCGUGCUCAGGAGGAGGCUCUAUGCUAUCGAAGCUCGCUGGCACUCUCACUCCAUCGACGAUACUUUCCCUGGAAGCAGCGUAUGGGUCUUUACACCCGCGACGUUGUCAUCAUUCGCUCCGAUCAAGAUUCCGGACAUCAUCUUCUUACGCCUCAUACACCACCUGCAAACCUCCCUAUCGUCAGUGUUCUCAGCAUCGCCGCAUUGAAAUUACCUCCUCUCGCCGACAUUGUCAAGACCGUACGAGGACAUCCUGUGGCCAGGACAGUUUUUGCAAAAGCUUCUGAUCGCGAACUCACCAAGCUCAAGAUGAGAUUGUGCCUCAGAAUGGCAGCACAUCGAAGGCAUAGAUUGCUAGUACUCGGUGCAUUGGGAUGUGGUGCUUUCCAGAACCCACCGAGAGAGAUAGCUCGCUGCUGGCUGGAAGUGUUGAAGGAGCCUGAGUUCCAAGGUGGCUGGUGGGAGGAGAUCUGGUUUGCUGUGUUUGAUAAAAGAGGUGAAGGCAACCUGGAGAUUUUUGAAGAGAUACUUGAUGGUGUCAGUGUUUGA